GAGAGGAGAGGAGGGGCAGCAAACGGGCAUUCAGACUUACCCCCCUUUCCCUUUCCCACUCUCCUCUCUCUCUCUUUACUCUCGCUGUCUCCUUCUCCCUCCUCUCCAGUACGAGAGAUGACAGGCAAUGCUUCAGCAUACUGCGAGAAAGAGACCUGGCGUAUCAUCCCUCUUUAGUUUACUUUGUUCUCGCUGCCUCUCUUAGCUUCUUCCUGGACCAGUCUUUCUGUUUGCUUUGUUUCUCUCUCUCUCUCCCCUCAUCCCCACAUCUCUCUGACAUGAUGGUAAACAGAUAACUGACCGGCUGUCUCGUCACCAUGGGUACCUGCCUCUGCAAAGGUCACAAAGAGCUCCAGAGUGCCCAGCAGCAUCCCAUAGAGGUUCUGCAGUCCCAGCCUGGCAAGGGCGGCCACCCUCCAUCCAACUGCAGUAUGUCAGAGAAGAAGAGCAGCAGUAGUUAUGACAUUGGGGAGUUGGCCACUUCCUCCCUGAUGGGACUGGUGGUGAUGAUCAAGGAGCACAUCACCAAGCCCACGGCCAUGGCCCAGGGGCGCGUUGCACACCUCAUAGAGUGGAAGGGCUGGGGGGGCGGGGGUGAAGGAGGGGGUGACCUGCAGGAAGAUGAGCAGCUCUAUUCUCACCUGACCGACGAGAUCAAGGAGGCCCGCUUCGCCGCAGGAGUAGCGGAGCAAUUUGCCUUGGCUGAAGCGGCCAUGAAUGUCUGGUCGAUGCACGAAGGCCCAGAACAGCCAUCCUCCAGCUUAGACCCUCUGCAAGACAGCCACUUUGUGUCUCACUUUCUGUUAGACGUUGGCAGCGUUGGGCUCCCUCAGCAUCUGUACAGUAUCCACACAAAGGCCAACAACAACUACGAUGCCGGCUCCCUGGGGCCUCCACACCCAGCCUUUUCUGUUUCCCCCAUAUCUCCCCCCUCUCAGCAAGACAGUGAGCGGUGCCCCCCAGAGGAUGGGAGGUCUGGAGCUGCAGAGGCCACCACCGUUCGACACGUAGACAGCAGCUCCCUAUAUGAGGAUGAGGUUUUUUACAACUAGCAGAACAGAAGAGAAGACACAAGAGCAAUGUUUGGGGAACACUUCCAUCCCCACCUUUAAAAAGGGAGACGAAACAGAAGCACUACUUUUGGACCAGUGACUGAUCAAAAUUCAUGUUAUCUAAAACCCAAAGGAGGAACAGUUCUCAGAAAGUGGGUUUCUAGGAGAAGAAUAAUCACACAGCAAGGAAUUGGGUCGUAGACAUAUGAGUGAGAGACUUUGUAUUUUCAGUUGAAAUGUUCAGUUUUUAGACACAGAUACGGUGUACGUAGAACCAUCUGUAGCCUUUGAGUAAACUUUAUUGAAUGUACAACAUUGUAAAUUGUUAAAUCAUGUGAACUAAGGAAUUGUACAUAGGAAAAUACAUCAGUCAAGAAUCACUAUUCUUCUUUGUGUACAUAUUGUGUACAUUGUACCAUAAUACGUUCAAUUAUGUGACACACGUAUGGUGGAGUGGCUCGUACACCGUGCAGUUUUUGAUUGAAUCCAAUUUCAAUUAGAUGGACUGAAAAGAUAGAUAUGGUAAUCAGAAGGAUUUGCCACAAUGAAAUGUCAAGCUUGAAUUAGCAUUACACUCCAGAAUGUCUCCACUCAGGGUCUUCCUAUAGCUCUGAGAUAGGAGAGAAGGAGAGAGAGAGUAGGGUGGCAGAAAUAAUGUGUGUACCCAAUUAUCUGAGUCCCCAACUAUGAUUAGUCAUUAUUCACACUUGUCUGCCAGGGAGCAGAAGGAAGGAUGCAGGGAAAAGAGAGAGUGAGUGAGAAAGAGAGAGAGAGACAGGGAGAUUAGAAUAUUACCAUUAUCUCGCCCCUUGUUCUUUCAAUAGACAUUUACACAAUGCUGUAUUA